AGCAUGGCACAGUCGGUCAACAUCACCGAGCUGAAUCUACCGCAGCUGGAAAUGCUCAAGAACCAGCUGGACCAGGAAGUGGAGUUCUUGUCCACGUCCAUUGCCCAGCUCACGGUGGUACAAACAACGUAUGUGGAAGCCAAGGACUGCCUGAAAGUGCUGAACAAGGGCAACGAGGGGAAAAAAUUACUUGUCCCAUUGACGAGUUCUAUGUAUGUCCCGGGGAAGCUACAUGAUGGGGAACACACGCUCAUCUAUGUGGGAACUGGCUGCUAUGUAGAGAAGACACCUGAGGAUGCCAAGGACUUCUUCGAGAGGAAAACAGACUUCCUUACGAAGCAAAUGGAGAAAAUCCAGCCAGCCCUGAAGGAGAAGCAUGCCAGGAAACAGGCUGUCAUGGAGACGAUGAGCCAGAAGAUUCAGCAGCUCACAGCUCUGGGAGCAACCCAGGCUGCCGAGGCCUAA